AUGAAAAUGAUAGAAUUGAAGAGAGGAGUCAAGAAGAAGAGACGAGGAAAGCGUUUGGAUGCAGCUUGUGAAAAAGCUCAGACCAAAGAAACCACAGAAACCAGUGUCCAGGUCCUACAUGGUUCUUCUGUCUCCUCACCAUCACCAGUGUCUGUACCAACCUGGCUUCAUCUGUACCGACCUGGCUUCAUCUGUACCAACCUGGCUUCAUCUGUACCGACCUGGCUUCAUCUGUACCGACCUGGCUUCAUCUGUACCGACCUGGCUUCAUCUGUACCGACCUGGCUUCAUCUGUACCGACCUGGCUUCAUCUGUACCGACCUGGCUUCAUCUGGACCAACCUAUCUGUACCGACCUGGCUUCAUCUGUACCGACCUGGCUUCAUCUGUACCGACCUGGCUUCAUCUGUACCGACCUGGCUUCAUCUGGACCAACCUAUCUGUACCGACCUGGCUUCAUCUGUACCGACCUGGCUUCAUCUGUACCGACCUGGCUUCAUCUGUACCGACCUGGCUUCAUCUGUACCGACCUGGCUUCAUCUGUACCGACCUGGCUUCAUCUGUACCGACCUGGCUUCAUCUGUACCGACCUGGCUUCAUCUGUACCGACCUGGCUUCAUCUGUACCGACCUGGCUUCAUCUGUACCGACCUGGCUUCAUCUGUACCGACCUGGCUUCAUCUGUACCGACCUGGCUUCAUCUGUACCGACCUGGCUUCAUCUGUACCGACCUGGCUUCAUCUGGACCAACCUAUCUGUACCGACCUGGCUUCAUCUGUACCGACCUGGCUUCAUCUGUACCGACCUGGCUUCAUCUGUACCGACCUGGCUUCAUCUGGACCAACCUAUCUGUACCGACCUGGCUUCAUCUGUACCGACCUGGCUUCAUCUGUACCGACCUGGCUUCAUCUGUACCGACCUGGCUUCAUCUGUACCGACCUGGCUUCAUCUGUACCGACCUGGCUUCAUCUGUACCGACCUGGCUUCAUCUGGACCGACCUGGCUUCAUCUGGACCGACCUGGCUUCAUCUGUACCGACCUGGCUUCAUCUGUACCGACCUGGCUUCAUCUGUACCGACCUGGCUUCAUCUGUACCGACCUGGCUUCAUCUGUACCGACCUGGCUUCAUCUGUACCGACCUGGCUUCAUCUGUACCGACCUGGCUUCAUCUGGACCUGGGCCGACCUGGCUUCAUCUGGACCGACCUGGCUUCAUCUGUACCAACCUGGCUUCAUCUGUACCAACCUGGCUUCAUCUGUACCAACCUGGCCAACCUGGCUCCAUCUGGACCAACCUGGCUUCAUCUGUACCGACCUGGCUUCAUCUGGACCAACCUGGCUUCAUCUGUACCGACCUGGCUUAAUCUGGAGCAGGUGGUGAAUAAACGCGCUUCAUGA